GGCUAUUUGUGGCCUCGACUGUCAAUCACCGGGUCUCGGCCGGCGAAUACUCGCUGGCACCCGGUGAUCGACGAGUAUUACCAACGUAGGAGAGAACUGUAUGUAAACAAUACAGUUCUCUCCCCUGUCAGCUCCAGCACAUUGCUUUGUAUGGCUGUGCAUAGCACAUCCAGUGGAAAGCACAGACACAGCCCCAUAGUAAAACACACACAGCACACAGUUAACCCUUUGAUCACACCAGAUGUUAAUCCCUUCCUGCCCAGUGCCGUUAGUACAGUGUUAGUGCUUUUUAUUAGCACUGAUCACUGUAUUGGUGUCACUUGGGAUGUCAGUGACACCAAGUCAGUUCCCCCCCAGUGUCAGAAUGCCCACAGUCCCACUAUAAGUUGCUGA